AUGGUAGACUUAGAUGUUGGUGUUGAGAUGGAGCCAGUGUUCCAAAAAUCGACGGCUAGUGGAUCUGAUUGGUUGCACCAGGAAAAGACCCGGUGCCAAGCAGCAGUAAACUUGAGUGAAAGCCUUGCAGGUUCAAAUCGCAAGAUUGCUGACAAGAAUGUGAUUUCACAAAAGAAUUGA